GUAGUAACAGUGGUGUUGCUAUGUUUUCCUUCAAAUUAGUAAACCAAACUGUAAUUCAUAAAACUACUUUUUUUCAAUGUCAAAUGAGUGCUGGAUGUUAAUCUACACAUAUUUAUUUCCUGAACACUGUUUAUUUGGGUACAGGGCGAGAGACGCAGCGGCAGCGGAGCAGCAGCGGGGAGAGGCAGCGAGGCAGCGGCUGGGUUGAUUAUCUAACGGCCCCUGGUGAGGACUCGAGCUGAGCUGGGCGUGCUCCUCACUGUUCUACUUCCACAAGGGAAAAACAGAAGUAGAGAAGCGGAGUUACACAAUACCAGCUGUUUAAAAGCGGCAGCGGCAUCAUGUUCAGCUGGGUCAACAAGGAGCAGGGAGGCAGAAACAAGGAGGGCGACAUGUUUCAGACCGUCACCGAGGGCCUGCAGAGCCUCUACGCCAAGAAACUGCUGCCUCUAGAGGAAGCCUACCUCUUCCACGACUUCCACUCUCCUGCGCUGGAGGAGGCGGAUUUCCAGAGCAAACCCAUGGUGCUGCUGGUGGGCCAGUACUCCACCGGAAAGACCACCUUCAUCAGGUAUCUCCUGGAGCAGGAUUUUCCUGGUAUGCGGAUCGGGCCUGAACCAACUACAGAUGGCUUCAUCGCUGUGAUGUAUGGGGAGAAUGAGGGGGUCGUCCCUGGUAAUGCCCUGGUGGUGGAUCCUAAGAAACCCUUCCGGAAACUUAAUGCUUUUGGAAAUGCUUUUCUAAACAGGUUCAUUUGCUCACAGAUGCCCAAUCAAGUCCUGCAGAGCAUUAGCAUCAUCGACACACCGGGCAUACUGUCUGGGGAAAAGCAGCGCAUUAGCAGAGGUUAUGAUUUCUCUGAAGUCCUGCGCUGGUUUGGUGAGCGGGUGGAUCGCAUCAUCCUCCUGUUUGAUGCUCACAAGCUGGACAUCUCUGAUGAGUUCUCCGAGGCCAUCAAGGCCUUCCGUGGUCAGGAUGACAAGAUACGCGUAGUCCUGAACAAGGCCGACCAGGUGGACACGCAGCAGCUGAUGCGGGUCUAUGGGGCGUUGAUGUGGUCUCUAGGGAAAGUCAUCAACACCCCAGAGGUAGCGAGGGUCUACCUGGGCUCCUUUUGGGCCAAACCACUGCAGAACACAGAAAACCGCCGGCUCUUUGAGGCUGAAGCUCAGGACCUUUUCCGGGACAUUCAGGCGCUGCCGCGAAACGCCGCCCUGCGCAAACUCAACGACCUCAUCAAGCGAGCCAGACUGGCUAAGGUUCACGCCUACAUCAUCAGCUUCUUAAAGAAAGAGAUGCCGUCUCUGUUUGGGAAGGAGAAGAAGAAGGAGGAACUGAUCGCCCGCCUGCCUGAGAUCUAUCAGAUGCUGCAGAGAGAGUACCACAUUUCACCCGGAGAUUUCCCCAACGUCACCAAGAUGCAGGAACAGCUAAUGCACUACGACUUUAGCAAGUUCCCCUCCCUGAAAAUCAAGCUGAUUGAAGCGGUGGACAAGAUGCUGAGCAACAAGAUCUCAGGGCUGAUGACCAUGAUCCGGGAGGAGGAGGGCAAGCAGCCCACUCAGGUUGUGACGGGCGGGGCGUUCGAGGGCUCGGAGGACGGACCGUUCGGGCACGGGUACGGCGAGGGCAUCAGCGCCGGGGCCGAUACAGAAGACUGGAUCGUGAGUCGUGAUAAACCGCGCUACGACGAAAUCUUCUACACCCUCAUGCCUAUCAACGGCAAGGUGACUGGAGUCAACGCCAAGAAGGAGAUGAUGAACUCGCGUCUGCCAAACACAGUGCUCGGAAAGAUCUGGAAGCUGGCAGACUGCGACAAGGACGGCAUGCUGGACGACGAAGAGUUCGCCUUGGCUCAGCAUCUCAUUAAGGUCAAGCUGGAGGGAUUCGAGCUGCCCUCAGAGCUGCCUGCACAUCUGGUACCUCCAGCUCACAGGAAGAACCCCACUGCAGACGUCCUGUACAACCACCAGGAGGACUGAGAACUUUGAAAUUUUUUAACCACAUAACUCACAACCACAUAACAACUUUCCCACUACUGAUGGUGUGGCACCCAGACUCCUGCUUUCUUAGGUUGUUGAAGGACUUUCAUCUUCUUCUUCUUCUUCUUCUUCUUCUUCUUCUUCUUAUAUGAAGCCUUAUGAUGUCUUUUUUGUGCUCAGUGACUGAUGCUGUGUGAUACUGUGUAAGAUUGGCCUAUGCAAUGUUUGUUCUCUAGUACUUUGUGAGAUACAGUAUAUAUACAGUACUGUGCAAAAGUUUUAGGCACCAAAGCAAAUUACACUAAUCCAUUUAUCUCAGAAAUACGAGUGAUUUUACCUGAAAAAAGCACCACAUAUGAUUUGAACAGAUGCAAAUAAACAUACAUAUAGUAAAACGUAACAAGGAUUUCUCAUUUUUAACUAAGUAUGUUAUUUAUAUCCUGUGAUCCAAGCUCACAAUCCAGAUUUCCCCUGGAUGCUCCUCAGCCAGCAUGAGUGUGUGUGUGUGUAUAUGUAUGUG